UGUUGCACCCCAGUUCUUGGCACGACUCAUUCACCCCCUUCCCCUUGACUGUGAUGUGGAUCAGAUAAAUUCUGAACCGGCGCCCCACCCAUUUUGACCAUGUCGGAGCCUGGGACAUCAGACCCGACGCCGCCCGGGCGGACGGUAAUGCGCAGGCCGCACAGGAAAGCGAGGACAGGGUGUACGCUCUGCAAGCGUCGUCGUGUCAAGUGUGGAGAGGAGAAGCCACAGUGCGCAAAUUGCCAGGCUCACAACGCCGAGUGUGUAUAUGAGGCCGUCACGUCUCGGCGUAUGACGUCCAAGGCCGCCGCACAAGGCCCAACGCCGAGCAUUCCGGGAGUGCCGGGUACUCCGAUGUUCACCUUGGAACACAUGGAAUUGCUGCACCACUACACCGCGUCGACAUCACUGACACUUUCCUCAAAUGCACCGGCCAUGCAGGUGUGGCAAGACCGCGUCCCUCGCAUCGCACUGCGAACAGAUUACGUCUUGCACGCGUUGCUGGCAGUUUCCGCGCUCCAUCUGUCCCACCUACGACCGCAUGCCAGAAUGUCUUAUUGGGCCACAGGUGUCAAGCUCUACCAUGGGGCGCUCAGCAAGGCACAGCUUGAGAUGGAGAAUGUCACGGAAGAGAACUGCACAGCAGUCUAUGUAUUCUCAACCCUGACUGGCUUCUAUUCACUGGCCCAGAAUGGAGAGCUUGCCUCCCGCUCAGAACAAACGGAAGACGCCGAUGACGAUGAGGAGGACCUCCUCAGCUGGGUGUUCUUGUUCAGGGGCAUCAAGACGCUAAUCAUGUUACCUCACCUAGUCAUCUUACACCAGGGAGAACUGGCACCUAUGUUUGAACAGGGCUUAAUACGCGCUCUGAAGACCCGUUCUUGUCCAACAUGCGAUCCAGAAAGCAUCUUGGAAUUGCUGCGGGACAUAGUCACCGAUCCUGCGGAGCAGGUGAUCUACACUGAUGCCAUCCAGCAUCUGCAAAAGUCCUUUCACAACGUCUUCGGGCGGUCUUCAGAAGCUGUGGUUGAGACAACCGACGUAUUUGUCUGGCUCUUUGACGUUUCUGAGGAAUACAUGGACCGACUGAGAAGACAUGAAGGACCUGCGGUGGCCAUAUUUAUUUGUUACUCGCUUCUCGUUAGCCAGUUACGAGGGGUGUGGUGGGCAAAGGGUUGGGGCGAGUGGAUAUCGGCCCGCCUGCGCCGCGGACUGCCCGACCUGGAACGAUCCUUUUCGGGCAGACUCAUGGAUCUGCUUACUGCAGCCAUUGAUUACCAGCGCAGGCAUGAUGAAGAUGUCACAAUGACCAACCAGGUAACUCAUCCGCUGACUCCAGGCGAUUCUGAGUACCACGCUGGUAGUUAGAAGUGGUUCAGUUCGCUACAGCCCCAUACAAGACCGACAUCGGUCUCGGAUCGAUAUCGUGCCGUCUCGUGCCGGACUUACAGAAACUUCCUAAACGGUCGGUACGGUGUUUCUGUUGAGGUCGAACUUACACUUAAAACAAUGGGGGUAUCAUAAGGAACUACUGGAAGAUGGACAAAUAGGAGCAACAGCAUAUAAUAAGAACUCAACCCCACUUGGAGCUAGAGAGUUCGUCCCAGUGCCGCUAUACAUACCUAUGUAGGUACAUUGCCUGCAGUGCGGCACUGGCUUUAGUAUGUCGCUGCAACGAGAACUUGGAUUGUAUAAUACACUUUUUAGGUAAUUCGCAGGCCGGUUGAAGAUCACAUUCUUGGAGUGCUACAGAAUAAUAUUUGCACUCUAACCAGGUUUAUGCUGAUCUUAUGAACGAAACGCCUUAUCCAGUUACAAUGCCCAUUGACAAAUAAGAUGCUUGGUGGUCUCUCUGAGGGGUAGAUGCAAGAUGACGAAGGCUGAAUAUUUCUAUUAAC